AUGUCCCCAAUUCAGUUAUCCGAUAAGGAUCUCUUAUUAGCAAAUGAUUUGGAAAAUAAUGGUGAAGUUGUCUUCCCUUUGGCUCCAAAAAAGUCUCCUUUACGUAAAGUGAUGAACUUUGCUUCAAUUUUCAUGGCUUCUGUUAUGGGAUUGAUGCUUUUGAGCAACCAAGUUUCAAAUGAAUUGACACUCCCAGUAGCUGGGAUAUUUGGAUUCUUAGCUCCAAAGGAACCUGCUUUAGCGGUUGUGAACAUAUUUGAAAUUGAGACACCAUUAAACGCAGUCACUGUGGCUUCUAGCCAAGUGGUUUUCAACGAUACAUUGGUCGAUGGGUUGAGUGGAAAAUUCAAAACUUCUGAGGACUUGAAUUAUACUGGUGCAUUUUUAACCUUAAAUCUCACAAACAAUUUGUUAGAGAAUACCACGACACCAUUGGUGUUUGAGAUUACCGCCGAUGAAUACCCAAUCUGGCGCUCUUCUGCUCCAUUUGGAAAAGAUAAUACUGUUACAGUUUCUUCGACGACAAAAAAUGUUUCGGAAUACUUGUCUUUAUUCGAGUCCAAGAGAUCAUUUGCCGUCUCUAUUUUGGAAGGCGAUGCCACCGGAAUUGAUAUUAUCUUAGAGGUUUCCUUAACCAACGAUACAAUUCCUGCUAAUGACAAGCCUUUUAAUCCAAGUGAUAUUUUCAUUGCCGAAGGACCUGCUUCUUCUGUUUUUGCAUUAUCUAAAGCUGGAAAGCCAUACAAUUUACCAAAUACAGACAAAUUCUCAAUUUCUUUACCUCAGUUAUCCACCAACUCAACUGCCGCAAAAAUAGAGUUUUUCGCUUCUGCUUCUAACGAAGAAAAGGAUUAUUUCAAAACUGAAACUGCUCCUUUACGUUAUUUGAAUGUUUUUGUUAAUGAUGUUUAUGUUGGAUCAGUGAACCCUAAGCCUGUUUUGUACCACCCAGAAGGGUUAUCAGAAGAUGCUCAUAAGAAUUUUGACCCUUUGGUUGACUAUGGUACCUUUACUGGGUUGACCUACGAAAUCAAUUUACUUUCCGUUUUACCAUUGUUAUGGGAGGGGGAUGCGACCGUCGAUGUUUACGUGGUAUCACCAACUAUUGAUUUCACUCCAGGUAUUCCUGCCCUUCCAAAACCAAUCACCAAGGGCGCUAAUGAAAUCACUGCUGACAGCUGGUUUAUCUCUGGUAAUUUGUUGGCUUGGGAAUCUCAAAAUGUUACUACUAGCUCAGGUGUUGUUGUUGACUCUGCUGCAAUCGAAAUCACAACUGGUGUUUUAACGAGCCCGCCACCUGUCAGUCCAUGGACGCCAAAGAUAAAGAAUGAAUUUGUUAAGGAUUUGAUUGUUUCAAAUGUAUCGUCUAUUGUUAACUUCGAGUUCAGUGAUAACACUACCGUUACUUAUAACAUCACUGCCAAUUCUAGCAUAAAUUCUAUCUUGACUAAGCAGGAAAAAUCUAAGCAGACUAAGGUUGGUCCACCAUUCGGAGCUGGGCCAGUAACUACCACGGAUUCUCUCAGUCUAGUUCUUAUCAACAACAACAAAUUAAGCUUUGACAUUGUUGACAACUCAACUGCUUUGUCAAUUUUAUCUUACAAAUCCGAAUCAUCUUUCCCUGUCACCUUAGAUAUUACCACUAAAUCUUCUCCAGUGGAAGGAAAUUCAACUGAUCUCAGGUGUGAUAUUAAGUCAAAGUCAUCCGAUUCAAUUAAUGGCACAAUUGUAAAUGAUUUCGAAGUUAAGGAACAUUUAUCCAGUAGUGUUAUAAUCGGACUCUUGACUGAUGUUAAAUAUACUGAUAACGACUUCAAAAGGGAGGUCCAAGUUGUAAAUGGUGUUGAAACUGAGAAAUAA